UGUCGUCUGCUGGGUUUGACAGUCGCGCACUCGCUCGCUGAUCGCGGAUUCCAAGGUUCAUCCGGAGCCUCCGGGGGUGCGUCGUCUCUGGUGGAUCGCUCGCGGGCCCUCGCGGCGCAGCGCGUUCCAUUCCGAGAACGACGACGCCUUCGUUUCCCCUGAGUCGGGAUCCCCGAGGACCCUCGCCGCCCUCGCCGAUCGUUAAUCCGACGGACGACCGCCGUCGUCUGCUGCGGAGCGCGGAAGCGACGGCUGCGCGGUAUCGGUGGUGCGGGCGGCGAUUGCGGUGCGCGCGAGGGUUCUCUCGCUCCCCCGGAGGGGAUGAUAAACGAGGGAGGAUAAAGAGAGAGAGAGAGAGAGAGAAAUGAAUUCCCGGCGCGACUACGCGAACGCGCGACGUGCCCGACGCGUCGUCGCCGUUGCGGGGACGGCGGCCGAGGUCCGGGUGCCCCGUAGACACGUUCGAUCGAGUCGCGCGCCCCGACGGUUUGUUACGGUUCUCCCUGCGUGAAUGACGUGUCGGAGAGUCGUCCGACCCCCGAGUCCCGCGAGCGUGGCCAGUAGGACCAAGUAGGACGGAGGUUCGACCAUCGGCGGCGAUUACCUGACCGAGAUGGACCGAGACGUGUACGCGGGAACGUGCGAGACGGCCGACGAGGACGCCCGAGGUUCGUUUGGCCAACCGUGAUGUCGAACGAGAAGCUACGCCGUCGCUCGACGUAGCUCGAGUUCAAGCGCCCGACGUUCUUCUCGCGGAAGGGAAGAGGGUUAAUAAAGGGAUUUCCGCGCGGCCGCGCGGAAUCGUGUUGGACGCGCUCGUCGUAUUCUAGUCCAAUAGUCCAAAGAGAGUAUCGCGCUCGUCGAUAUCCCCCCAAGUACGAUUACCUGGGUAUCACCAUGGAUAUCCUCCCGCAUGACUGAACGUUCGACUUAACAAAGAGAGGGAGAUAUAUCAACACAAUAGCGUUAUGGCCGUGAAUACUUAACGGGGGAGACGGUUUGUAGCGAUUGAGCCCGGCGGAAAUUACAUACUACGGCUUGACACUCUUGACAGUCGGUGAAGUGCGAGGCGCGACGUAGCGAUAUUCUUAAAACGUCGCCAAGAUGUGAGACACUUCGGAUAUUGAAUGUACUUCACUUCGGUACAGCUGCGGAGGAAAGAGAUAGCGCGUUAAACCAGCGUAAACUAUAUAUAUAUACUUUUUCUAUUUAUUGAGAGCUUACUGAUGAUUUGAAAUAUAGAAGGAAUAUUUUUGAGAGUUUUUUCUAUGAUACAUUACGACGCGUACCGCGAAUAGGGUAGAAGAAAUUUUUUUUAUAAGCUAUAGAGGACGUGAGAAUUGAUCUUGUGGUCUCCGAGAGCGGAUCGUGGCGUAACGUAAAAGGGUAUACGCUCGCUUGAUCCCCGCGCUAGAUGCCCCAGCCGCGAGUAUUAUGGAGCAGAGCGAGGGAAACGACGUCUCUAGCGUUUCGAAUAAGGUAGAGGUUUCCCCGAAGUCGAAGCAGAAGAAAAAGUCCCUCUGUCGCAUGCUCAUGAACAAGAAGACCAAGGUCGGCUGCCUGGAGUCCUCGUACAGGGACGGGGAUUCGAAUAAGAAUUCCAAGAUAGAGAACUCGCAGCACGGAUCUCAGACCAGCACCAAGCUGUCCCUGUGCUGCGCCAUGACCGAACGUAGCAGGACGCCACCUCAGAGCUUGACGGUCAGCAGACUUUCCCCGACGACGUUGAGUCGUACCUCGGUCAAGUCUGAGAUAGCCUCCAUCAAUGAGGAUCGUCAAACGGACGUCCUGGUCGAGAGGGAAGAUACGCCUAUUGAAAACGAUGAGGCUCAGGCGAUUCGGGAGACCGUAGUCAGAAGGAGUAACGUAGCGAUGGGGAGGGAGCGUCCUAUUACUUAUAUAGAAGACUCGACGGAAGACUCAUUCGAAGACUCUUCAGAAGAUGAGAACGAACUGAUUGAGUCUGAGAAAGGUCGAAUACGCUUUAAGGAUGAGUACUUUACAAAGGGAAAAUUUAUCACUUAUUUCUUCCUGGAAAUGGAACGGCAAUUCUACAAUCCUACAGAUGUUUACAGUAUGGUUCAGUAUCAUGAUACUGCUUGCGAAAAGCCAGAUAAAGAAGGUGAAAAUUUUUCCUCCGGAUCGCUAUCGCCGAGCAUAUCGGGACAAUUACGUCGUAGAUUGCUUCAUAGGAGAUCCGCGGAUAAUCUGAUCAUGAACUCACCUACAAACUCUAUGAGACAUUCUAGUCCAGACUCUAUUAAAAGUGCACCGAUCCAGCAUAAGCCACGUUCAACGUCCCACGAUGCUCUGUCUAAAAAGAAAGACCGUUACUUUUGUCAAAUGACAGGGGCAUCUAUGGAUAGCUUAGCAAAACAAUCGUUACUUGCCGCACAAGUACUUAAUUUAAUUCCUACUCAAAAGGCACGGGAAAGGAAUUUUCUUCACGGAAGAAUCGCCGCCAAUUCCUUACUCGGGUCAGUGGAGCUUGAGAAAGUAUUGCCUAAUCGGGAAUUGAAAAUUUUUAUUGGCACGUGGAACAUGAAUGGCCAAAACCCGCCGAAGGAAUUGAACGAUUUUAUGUUGCCCUGCGACAUAGAGACCGUUCCUGAUUUGUUAGCUAUAGGAACUCAAGAGUCGUGUUCCGAACGAAACGAGUGGGAAGCCGCUCUGCAAGAGACCCUCGGUCCUUCGCACGUGCUGUUAACUAGCAGUAACCUCGGUACACUUCACCUCGCAUUAUUUAUAAGACGAGACUUGAUUUGGUUCUGUUCCAUUCCGGAGGAGGAUAGCUUCUCGACGAGACCCGGAACGGCAUUCAGAACAAAGGGCGCGGUGGCUAUAGCUCUCAUGAUAUUCGGCACCAGCUUUCUCUUUGUCACCGCUCAUUUGACCGCGCAUCAAGACAAGGUAAAAGAACGAGUCAACGAUAUAAAGAGAAUCGUUAGAAAUCUAGACCUACCGAAAGAGUUACCCACCAGGCAUAAAAGCAAAGAUGUAACGCAAAAUUUCGAUUGCGUGUUUUGGUGCGGUGAUUUGAAUUUCCGUCUAGCGCAACCGAGAGAGGAAGUGAUUCAAUGGAUCACGAACACGUGUUUUCCGCAAGAAUCACCGAUAAACAUGCACAAGGAUCAAUUGAAAAAUAUCCUAAACGAAGGCGCGGUGUUGCGCGGUUUCGAAGAGGCCCCGAUUAUAUUUCCUCCUACCUACAAGUACGAUCCGGGAACGCAGAAUUUUGAUUCUAGCAGCAAGCAACGCACACCCGCGUACACCGACAGGAUUCUCUUCAAGGGAAAAGGUCACACCAGGGGAUAUAUCAGACGCGUCAGCUACGAGAAUUCUAAUUCGCACAAGGACGGGGUUAUAGAGUGCUUGGUAUACGAUUCUGUUCCAAGUAUUUGCACCUCGGAUCACAAGCCGGUCUGGGGAGUUUUUAAAGCCACGCUGAGGCCGGGUAUCGAUACAAUUCCGCUUGGUGCUGGACUUUUCAAUCGCGAAGUGUAUUUGGAAGGUAUCAGAAGGCGUGCGGCGGCAAUGGAUGAUUCUCUGGGAACUUCAAAAGUUUGUUCGAUUCAGUAAAGACAUUCGAGGCUAUUGCGCAAAAUGGGUAAUGAAUUUAUAGAUAGAGAUUUGGUUUUUUUAGUGCGAGAGUAUGUCAGGCGUACGAAAGAAUGAUCGCUUUGUAUCGUUCUUAUAAUAGAUACUACGUUUCUUUUGUACGAUUUAUGUACUCGCUAAGUCUGUCCAUUUUUUAUAGCGGUGACGGGAAACACUUUUCUAGUAAGAUUUGUAUAAUAGAUUACAAUUAUCAGUGAACACCGUAAAAGUCUAGUCAAGCCAGUGAAAUAAAUUGCUCUUUUAGUGAGAGAAGACUUAGAUGAGAAUAAAGAUUUUAUAAAUGUACCGUCGGUAUGUCCCCGACAUUCGUAUUGUGCCACAGUAUUAGAGAAGUAAAAUGUUAUUUGGCUUUAUGUGGCCGACGUUGUCAAAAGAUUACGAAAAAAAAUUAUUUUCUUUUUGUAACGCUGCGAGUUUUGUUAGAUAAAUUUUUUACAGUAAUAUAUAUUGCAGUUUUAUCAAAACAUAACGACAAAUAUCUUUUAAAUAUUUAAAAAAAUCGCAAAAGUUUACACAGUAUUCUAAAAUAAUUUUAUAAACGUCAGGACAUUUUUAUAUAAUUUGCUGCUACUAAUAACACUCGAUUACAGGUCAAAUUUCUUAUAAGAUGAAUAUUCAGACUUUUAUGUUUAUCUUAGAUGUAAUACAAAUUGUAGACCAAACUAUCGGGCCAAUACAAUAUUAGAGGAUUAAUAGUCGCAAGAUUUAGAUAAUACUUUCGUUUAUUAAUUGUUUAAAUUGUUUAUAUUCUUCUUUAUUGGGACCACCCAUUGUGUCAAGUCUUAAAAAAAGGAUUUAAAACGGUAGAAUAUCUUUCCUUAAGCGUUAUAUAUAUAACAACUACAUUAACACCUAGUUGCUAAAUAGCAUUGUCGUUUCAAAUAGUGUUGUGUUAUCGGUUUUAAAUAGUCUAUAGUGUUAAAAGAUAAUACUCCUUGGUAAUAAUCUAUAGCGUUAAAGGAUAAUGCUCCUUGAUAAUAGGAGAUGCCCUACUUCUACUUUGUUGUAGUAAGUUGUGGGUUAUUGAUAAUAACGGUAAAUCAUGGCUAAUUAUAAAACCCCAAAUACAAUAUUGUUACACAAUAAUAAUAUGUGCACAAAUAAGGUGUCUAUACCAGUAUUAGAUUUAACGUUUGCUAUACCAAAAAUAAUUAGCAGCAUAAAUAUAAAUUGUAGUCGCGUUAUAUAAUUUUUAAAUAAUUAACUAUGAGACUUCUGUUUACAUUAUUUACUUAAUUAUGAGUAUUGAAAUGAUUUCUUAAGUACAAAUGCAUAUUUUUCAAUUCGAUUAUGAUUAUUACGAAUUUGUUAUGUCUUUAUGAUGAAUUUAUAUCGCUGUUACUUUUUGAUCAUCUUAUACUCCACACUAUUUUCAAGAAUUUUAUAUUUAAUACAUAAAAUAGACACAAUAUGUCAUGUAUCUAGGGAAUGCUGUAUAUUCCUCUCUUCUUCUUAAUAUACUAAUUGGAAAAAAAUCAGUAGCAAAGAGACUACUGCUUGACAAAAAAGCAAUAUGCAAAUUAUUAACAAAAUAAUGUAAUUAUAUUUAUAUGUUGAGAUGAACAAUAUGAACAAACUAUAUAUAAGAAUUAAGCUCCACAACAAAAUACUUGAAGUGGUGUUUAAUACGCUUAAAAAGUUCCAUUAAAGAUAUUAUAAAAACAUGUAUAAAUGUUUAAUAGAGAAGAAAGUGCUUAAUUAAAUAAACCUAAUUAAAACAUAAAGUAUUGGGAAAAAAAGACAGAUAUACGAUGUGCUACAUGUUAGGCGAUAAGUGAUGUUGAACUGUAAGUACGUUAAGGAAGAUGUGAUUCAAUGACUUAUCAUCUGUAUUAUUAAAACGCAAGAUGUAUUCUAUUAUAUUACUCGAUUACGAGCAAAACAUUCAAAAUCGCAAUAUAAUUGUGGAGUAUGCGCGCUCCGAACAAAGGAUAAUCAAAGGAUUAAUUUCUAAUUGGAAAAAAGUACUUCUAUGUGUCUUGAUGGAGGCAUUUCGUGUCAUGCAUCAGGUGCAUACUUUAGUGACUUGUGAUAACUUCUUCUUUGCAAUUGCGUAGACAGGUUGCCAAACAAGGUGCCUAAAAAAAGCAUCCUUUACUGUUUCUGAGCCUUCUACAAUGAAGCGAGACUAAGAAAACUGUCGGGGUCAAGAUCUUUAAGUCUGCCGAGCAGGUUGCCUUAAUCAUGCCUUACUUAAAUCGUUAUAUAUGUAAUUAUGUACUCCCGAUCUCUGUGCGCGUACAAUUAUCUUGAGAUUAUAUUUCAUUCAAAUCUCCGCUUCGAUUAGAAGAGAAUAAGGGAAAAUGCGGUACAAUAAGUAAUCUAUGUUGCAGUCAUUUGAAUAAAAAUUCCUGGAAAGCGAACAUAUUUUAAUAAAUAUGACUUGGCUUGUAACAUGUUGAUUAUUUUACCUAAAGUACGUCAAUCAGAAGCGGCGAAGGAAUAUUGCAAAACUCUUAUAUGUAAUCGCGCACAACAUAGAUUAUUCAUUGCCUGUUGUAUCUAAAACUUAUGAAUUUACUUCAUUGAGCGUUUGUUAAGUAAAAAUAGUUUUAUGCAUUGCACAGCAAGAUUCCUCUUUUUGGAUAUUUUAUUCUUGUAGUGUAUAAUCUGAAUAAUGCUACCUGCCCCUUUUACAGCUAUCUUGAAACUCUUGUACUGUGAUACAUUUUCAAACGUACAAGAUCCAGUAGUUGGAUCUGACGAUCUUUUCGCCUUUGUUGUAAAGAAAUGGAAAAAUCUAAAGCAACAACUCAACAAAUAAUCUUUCAAUAUUGCUUUUUAUUUGUAAGAAUUAAAAUCUUAAAAUUAAGUAAAUGAACACCUGUAUAUCCAACUACUUGCAAUCUUUUAUUUAAAUUUUUCAUUUACUUUAUUCAGUAAACUUUGAUCUAGAUAUUUUAGAUUUAAUUCUCGAAUUCGCUGUCGCACACAUUAUUUCUCAGUUGAAAAAUAUUUUGAUCUUUGAACGCUUUUUUCUUCAGGUAAACCUUUAUUCAUGCCAACAAAUUCGAGAAAUAGAUCAAAUCGAAAUUUAUUGAAUGGAUUAACGAAAAAUUGUUAUGAAAGAUUGCCAGAGGAUUUGUUAGAUGUGGAUGUUCUUAUUUACAGGAUGUUAUUUCUAGAACUUAUCUAAUGAAUAAAUAAAUAAAUAUUGAAAGAUUAUUUUUCUUAUAUUAUUCUUCUUAUAUUUUUCUUAUGUUCUUCUUAUUAUUAUACAGGUUUCCAAAAUUACCAUUCCACUUAAAUCCAACUCUACAAAUCCACGUUCCCUUGAAAGAUCAUUCCUUUUACUCCUUCAUGUUUCGCGUGUGUUACUUUAGACUUUACCACUCCUUUACAAGCCUGAAAAGAUCGUCGGAUGCCGUCGUCGGAUUCUGUACAUAGCGAUGUCCUGUUAUCUGAAAACAGCGUGCAUCCAAUUGAAAUUAUUGCUGAUCGAAAACGCACAGCUGACACGACGCAAGAGUCGCAACAAGCGCAAGGUACACGAGUUUCCUUUCGCCGUGUACCGUAUUAAAAAAAAAAAAGAUACGAACGCCUAUUCGGACGAGAAUCGAAUUCUCGUGACGAUCGGCCAAGGAUUAGCGAACGACAGGAAUUCUAUUUGAAUGUACUCUGACUGUCUCUGACUAUUGUUCAGCAUGUGCUUGUACGUUUAAAUAAACAGUUCAAACCCAC